CCGUCACUCUCCCGUUAACGGCUCGCUCACACACACACACACACGAGGAGAUGGAGAACAGAUGCGUGUUUUCUCCGGCAAUAUGGCGCGUGUGCCUGUGAUUCUCCUGCUGGAGUUUAAUGUAAUUAUGGGAUUACUCUUCCACUCCUGCGCCGCUAAAGCCGCCCGUGUUUACGACACUGCCGCUCCGCUCCGCGGGACUCACACACGGCUCGGGGAACCGGGAAUAUGAGCUAACUGGAGCUUUAACUGGGGCUUUAUUGCUUGUUGCGUGUUAGACAGGUCGAGGUCGCAGCUUCACUUUCGCAGAGAGUGGAUGAAUUAUCAGGACUUUUGAUGGUUUCUUUGGAGUUAUAUUCAUGGGAAGAUGAACGUCGAGCGAGUGGAAACGAGGAAAACUUAGUUUAUUCCGGUGAAUCAGGACUUCAGUCAUCCCACAAAAUAAGGAUUCCUGGAUGUUCCUGGAAAUUCUCUGAUCAGUAACACCGCACUGUUUCAAGUACCGCGUGGUUAUGUCUCUGUCGGCUCUACCGGAAUGGAAGCAGCUUCUGCUGGAGAGAAAGCGAAGAGAGGAGGAGGAGAGAGAGAGACGAGAGAGGGAAGAAGAGGAGCGGAUGGCCAGCAUGCCGGCCUGGAAGCGAGGGAUCAUCCAGAGAAGGAGAGCGAAACAAGACGAGGAGCGAGAGAGAGAGAAAGACGGAGGACAGAAUUCUCCGGAUGUCUUGGGAAUCUCGGAAGACGUCGUCACAGAGCAAACGGAUAGUAAACUCACACAUCACCUUCAGACCGAAGUGCAAAAACAGAUAUCCAAAAAAGAAACCAUCAGCCCCAUCCAACAGAACCCCUUCAUUCGCUCCGAGAACAGCUUUCGGAGAGAUAACAGAGGGAAGGAGGUGAUUAGAGAUGGAGAGAAUGAGUGCGGAAGAGAAAGGAAUAGGGAAACUGAGAUUUGGAGAGGACGGGAUAGAGAGAUGUGGUUUGAGAAGACGGGAAAUAAAAGCGAGGGACGAGAGCGAGAUCGAAGCACUGGGAGAGAAACCAGAGACGUGGAAAUCAGCAAAUCCCAAUUUUCUCAGGUCGUAGGUCUCCGCACGAUCCAGGCAAACAACAUUAUCAUCAUCGAAAGAGACAAACAUGGUAAGGAAAAACCGGAUAGGAUGAAUAAGGAGGUGGAGGAGGAAGAAAAGAGGAUGCGGAUGGAUUUGAGAGAGUUUCUGGCUUGCGGAGGAAGCGUGACGGAGAUUAGGGCGUCGGAGGUAUUGAUCAUCAAGCCAUCCGUGAUCGACGGGAAAAGAGAAACAGAGAUUGCUGGGAUGCCGGAAAGAGGGAGCGGUGAGGAACGUUUAGAGAGAGAAGGGAUUUGGAGAUCGAUGCGCUUGACGUCGAGGACUGUCAUGCAAAGAGCGGAGAUAUUUCCGAACCACAAGGAUAAGGCGACUCAAGAAUGUAGUGGACGGGUUAGUUUGCUGCUCAGUAAGUUUGGGGAACAUCCCAAACCUCCGAUGCGCUCCAAGAGCACGGAUUGCUUCAACCGACCGGGAAAGAAUCGGGAUAGAUACAGCACUGGGGACCUGUUUGUGCCGGAGGAUCAGAGCACGGAAACGAGUCCGACGUCUAGGGGUGUUCCCAAACGCUCCUUCAGCUUCUCCGACCGUGUGGUUUCCCAACAGGAGAACCGUGAGGGAAAGACAGACGUUAAGAAGAUGGAAAGGACGUAUUCUGAUCGCAGGGUCAAGACACGGGUAACGGGCGCGGACCCAUCGGAGAAUCAAUCGAGGUUCACCAGGAGAUGGGGCCGACCCAAACAUGACGAGCCGAUGCUUGAAAAGAGACAAAAAGAACGAAGAGUUGAAAAUAAGAAUGAUUUUACAUGUGGAGAUACAGAGGAACAGGCUUCAAGUGUGGAUGGAGAAGAGGGAUUCACUCGGGUCUCCGUUAAAAACCAAGAGGGGGUCACAUUCGCUCGACGAGUUCCCAUCAAACAAGAUGGGAGGGAGAGCAGCUCGGGAAUAGAGAUCAAGAGAGUGAGGGAGGAGAAUGAGAAAGAAAGUAAACAGAGAGAGGUGAUGGAAAGUCAGACACUCAUAGAAGUCAAAACGGAGGCAAAAACAGAAUCCGAUCAGGAUGAGGAAACCGUCGGAGCUUCAACGCAAUCCCAUGGUGCAAGUAUCCCAUCCUCAGAUAACGGUACUAUCGAUUUCUCUGCAGGAAUUUGUUGCAAAUGCGUCAACACUCCCUUUGAAGAUCCCAGUUGCCCAUCUAAGGCCUACGCCGGACAAACUUGCCAAGAAAAAGCCCUAUCAGACGGAGAACUCAAGAGGGCAGGGGAUGUGUUUCCAGACAAGAUAUCUUCCGAAAUGAGUACACAGGAUCAAAAAGAGCACCAGAACUUUCCAAAACGAGCCACAGAGGAGAUCAGUUUGACCUCACAGCAAUCUUUUACACAGGGACUGAGCAAACUCUGCACCCAAGAGGGAGUCGCCAUCCCCAGGACUGUGUUUUAUGGGGUCGAUAUAUUAGCAGAAAGGAGAGCGAGUCUCCCUGUCGGGGAUGGACAACUGGAGAGGAGAGGGAGCUGGAAGGCAGGUCGACCUUUGACACGAGUCGAGUCCUUAAAAGAGAGAAUUCGUCAACAAGAGAAGGAAAUGCAGAAAGGCAGGGAAGCUGAUAAAGAAGGGGGCAACAGAGAACAGGAAGAAAACACACUACAGUCUGUCAGACCGUUUGACGUCACACAGGACGCUAGCAUGGCAAAGUCAAGCCCUCAACUUCCUCUUCCUGUUUCUCAGUCGCUCUUGCAGAAGUCAGACUCGACAGAAAGAGAAGUUGGGGAGAUCUCUAUCCGAGACGCUUUCGAGAGCGAGAACACGGAGAGAGGGACCGAACGCCAUGUAGAGAUCGCUUGUAGAGCACAAGACGAGACAAAAGAGAGAGAGGACGAGCUGUUAGAGGAAGAGUAUCUCCCUCCCUCUCUCUCUCCCUCCCCAACACUCUCGGACUCGUUAGACGCCAUGAGCCGGAUAUAUAACCUCAAGACUGUUGGGUCCAGGACUGCAGUGUGUAUCAGUGAACGAUCGGCGGAUUUGCCCCCACAUAGUGGACCUCAAGGUAAAUACAACCCUAUUAGACAAGUGCCGUCACCGGAUGUCCUACCAGAAACGGUAAAACUGUGGAAUCAUGGGAGGGACGGUGAGAAACCUGAGACGAUUGAGUCGACAGGUGUUCAGAUGGUACAGCGUCUACAGCUGAGGGAACCGGAAGCCGGAUGUGGUUCCCAAAACGACAGAAAGGUACAGACCAGAAUGGAGAAUAGCCGUAUUAAAGAACCGGAGGUCCAGGAAGCCAAAAGACCAGACAUCUUAAGGGAAACACAAGCGUCAACAAGUCCUAGAUUCCCAAAAGCCCAACAGAAAGUACCUCCUAAACAAACGUCAUUCACAAUCAACGCCCGCAACUCCGAAUCAACAACCAAACCCCCAGAACCGUGCACCCCGUCCCCUUCUACAACCCCGUCUCCACCUCUCUUCUCCAUCAGAAGCGCCUCAGGUGGACCUGGCAAAAGAGGGACGACCAUCACAAUCACCCCUAGAAGACCUGCAGGGAUAUCAACGCCUAGUAGCGUCCCAACAGGGACUCCCAAAGCGGCGCCACCGGCCAACAUUCCCACGCCCGCUCCCAGCAACACCAGGGAAACGGGGAAGAAGAGGUUUCCCACAGCAGAGGAGAUCGAAGUGAUCGGAGGGUACCAGAACCUCGAGCGCUCCUGCUUGGCGAAGAGCAAAGCGGCCACCAAAGCGGUGAAGGUGAAGGUGUGUUUCGACGAGGUCCAGCUGGAGAGAGUGUGUGAGUACCCUUCAGAAGACUGUGUGUUAGCAUCGCUCCCCUGCUCUCCUCAUCCCGGGCCGGAGGACGGAGCGAGGGAAGAGGAGGAGGAUGAAGAGGACGAGAACACAGGAAGGGUCCGGGUCCUAAAAGUGGAUGAAUCCUGUAAACGAGUCUCUAAAUGACAAACCAUGGCAUCCUUUAGAUUUAAAAUUCUUUACUUUGGCAGAAGGUGUAAGUAAUAAUAAACUUUUUAAAAUGUGGUUUUAAAAUGAUUUUAUAUAUAUAUAUAUAUAUAUAUAUGUUUCAUGAUCAGUGCUCUGAUCCACAGAAUGGUCUGCUCAGGUCCGAUAUGAUGUUUGCACAAUUUACAGAGUUUUAUGAUUAAAACCUUUUAUGAUCUGAAGCCUCUUCAUUAAAAAAAAAAAAAGAUAUAUAUAGCUGGAAUAGAUUUAUUUCAUUUUAUUGUAUUAUCCCGCAUCACACUGAGGGAAUUUAUUUUUAUUUAUAAAUGAAAAUGAAAUGCUCGUCCUCUGAUUGUCACAUGAGAGUUGACUCUCUCUUAUGAAAGUAUGGUUAUGAUUAGCUACUGAAGAUUAGAAUAAAUACUGUCAUGAACACUGAUAUAUGAUGUUUGCUUAAAAUAUAGAUCUGUUUUCAUCAUGAGAUUGUAAAAUAGAAUUUUGUCAUUGCAUAUAGAAUUAUGUGUUGACGGGUCACUCCUGGAUUUUUACAAUGCAAUCAAAUAAAAAUCCAAUUUUUGUAUAUUGUUUGUACUUGAAAACCAGUUUCGACUUUCCAACGAAAUGAAGAAGCACCUGUAAAAUAUUAAUAAACAUUACAGACAGUG